UUUAUUGGGAUAUAUUAUUUCUGCAUCUCUGUGUCCAUUUCAUACCCAAGACCUUUUUCGUCAGUGCGGUCGCCCUACCUAGAGUGAAGACUCCCAAAGAUGGCUCCCCCAACAGCUAUAUUGUCUCUGCCCCGAGCUGUCCCAAACUCGCCAAACCUUCCCCUCUUCUGGCUCCCGCCUUAUUCUCAUCCGUUGCUGCUCUAAGGUCUAAGGAUUUAAUUUUAGACCGAUGCAAAGGUAUCCACCUGGGAUUUAAGCCCCCAGUUGUUGCAUGCAACUCAAGUUUGCGGUCUAGUCUUAUGUUGUCAAGCAACAUUGGUGCACACGGUUUCUUUUCUUCUACAAGCACACAGUAUAACCACCUUACUGCCUUAUCAUCACAAUUUAAAGGUGAAGAUGCAGAUGACUUGUUGUAUAAAAAUCAUGCAUUACCGAGACUGCAGAGAUGCCAUUUUUCACCACGAGCAAAUAAGGAUGAUAUAUUCAAAAAUAGCUAUGCUGUGAGAACUGAGAAGCCAGAAUGGUGGUGGAGGACUUUGGCAUGUGUUCCAUAUUUAAUAGCUUUGCAGAUUUCUGAUGCAGGAUAUUUUAUCCAGCCCUACCUAGAACAAUUAUGAGAUUUUCGAAAACUUGGUUUAUUUUGUCCCAGGAGCCAUAAAGAGGUUACCUCCAUGGUUCUCAAUGAUAUAUUGUUACUUUGUAUAUAUUGGAAUUAUCAAGAACAAAGAUUGGCCUCACUUCAUUAGGUUCCAUCUAAUGAUGGGCAUGUUAUUGGAAACUGCUUUGCAGCUAAUAUGGUAUACGAGCAAUUUUUUCCCACUCAUACACUAGAAUGGCAGGUUUGGGAUGCACUUUUGGGCUGGCAUUGGAUUCUGCUACAUCUUCCUCUUGUUGGAAUGUGUUAGGUCUGCUCUUGGUGGCAAG